AUGUUGAAGCAACAACAAUCAAUAAUAGUAUUUUAUUUAAUUGUUAUGUACAUUUUAAUUUCUUCAAUAAUUAUGAGUUAAUUACUAAAGAGACUGAUAAACAAUAUCUAGCAAAUGUAAUAAAUGCAACCUCAGAUUACAAAUAUGAAAUCGAGAGUAAUGGUUGUUACCUAAUUAGUAUUGAUAAAAAUAUCUACCUUUGAGGAAGGAACUUAUCCAAAAUUAGGGUUUAUUUUAGGUACAAUAGUCUAAAAAAAAGAAUAAAUUGAAAUGCAAGUUUGUACUUCCUUUAUUGGUAUUAUUUUAAUACUAAUACAAUAUUUGCAAAUGCAAAGUAAUUUAAUUCACAAAUAACUUCAAAAAUGUUAAAAGGAAAGAAAAAUGAUUCAUUAUUAGGAAGGGGAGGUUUUUAAAUUCUCUUACUCUUAAUUACCUAGAUAAUUUUGUUGA